CACUCUUCAAUUGUCCUUUUCUGAUGGGCACUAUCUGUAAACAAGAAUAGGACAGAUAAAGAGCAGGAAUACGUUCGCUGGAAAAAUUAAUCUUGGUGUGGUCGGCACAUUUUCGUAGAAGCCUCACAGCCAUUAUAUCGCCCUACCCGCAGUGCAAGAAAUACACACCCCACCGAACCUACAUCUAAGGACCGAAAGUUUGACGUAGGUCGACUUCAGUAACAUCCGUCCAAAAUGGGAAAAUCCUCAAAAGACAAACGAGACGCCUACUACCGCCUCGCCAAAGAAGAAGGCUGGCGUGCCCGCUCCGCCUACAAACUGCUGCAACUAGACGAAGAAUUCAAUCUCUUCGAAGGUGUAACCCGCGUCGUAGAUCUAUGCGCCGCCCCAGGAAGUUGGAGCCAAGUCCUCUCGCGCGUGCUGAUAAAGGGCGAGAAGUUUGGGAGAGCGGGAUGGCAAGAUAAGCAGGCGAGUAUGCGGGAUUAUGUUUUGAGUGGUGGUGAGAAGAAAGAGAAGGAAGAGGUGACUGUGCAAAAGGUCGACGUAGAAGAGAAGCCAAAACCAAGGGAAGGAGUCCGCAUCGUAGCCAUCGACCUGCAACCCAUGUCCCCCCUCGAAGGCGUAACAACCAUGCGCGCAGACAUAACGCACCCCUCCACCAUCCCCCUCAUGCUCAAAGCCCUCGACCCAGACACCUACGACCCUUCCCAUCCAAACCGGUCCUCGCCCGUCGACCUCGUAAUCUCGGACGGCGCCCCGGACGUAACCGGCCUACACGACCUCGACAUCUACGUGCAAUCCCAACUCCUCUGGGCGGCCCUCAACCUCGCUUUAUGCGUCCUCAAGCCCGGCGGGAAAUUUGUAGCCAAGAUAUUCAGGGGCAAAGAUGUGGAUCUGCUGUUUGCGCAGCUCAAGAUCGUAUUUGAGAGGGUGAGGGUGGCGAAGCCAAGGAGUAGUCGUGCGAGUAGUAUUGAGGCGUUUGUAGUCUGUGAGGGGUUUUGUCCGCCGGAGGGGUUUAUGGCGAGUUUGGAUAAGCCGUUGGGGGCGGGGACUGUGUUGCCGGAGCCGGCAAGGGAGAGCACGGAGGAGAAGGAGAAGAAGGUCACGAGACGAGUUAGGGAGGAUGGUGCGAUUGAGAUUGAUCUGGGCUCUGAGACGGAGGAUGAGGAUGAUGUUGAGGAGGGUGGCCGGCGGUGGAUAGCUCCAUUUCUGGCUUGUGGUGAUCUUUCGGCGUAUGAUUCGGAUGCGACGUAUCAUUUGCCAAAGGAUAGGGUUAGUCUAGAUCCUGUACAGCCGCCUACUGCACCGCCGUAUAAGAGGGCGCUGGAGAUGCGGAAGCUGGCUGGUGGAGCGUAUGGCAAGACAAAGGGAAGGGCAGAGAAAGCAGCGUCAUAGUAUAGGCUAGAUACCCUUUCGGAAUUAUCAAACGUCUGGCGGAUACUUCACCUUAUGGUCCAGUAUGACAAAAGAAGACUUACUCUACGAAGACAGAAUCAAGCAGUAGUCACACAAAUGAAAACAUUUGAACUUAAAGCUUUAUUUCUG